AUGAAAAGCUGUGGGGCCAUUUUUGUCGACCGCGAAAAUCGCAAAUCACGCUCAAAAACUGUUCACGAAAUCAUCGAACGAGUGCAAUCGGAACAGCCUGUUCCACAGAUUAGUUUAUUCCCGGAAGGAACUGUUACAAACGGCGAAAGUCUCGUUCAAUUUAAAGUUGGCGCGUUUAUUCCAAAAGUUCCUGUCCAGCCAGUAUCGAUCACCUUUGAGGGAUGGAACACGGCUGCCUGGGGGCAUGAAGGUCUUGGCUGGUAUGUUUUUUAUACUCUUGGGAAUUUUCGAAUCAAGUUGACCUAUGACUACCUUCCGGUGGUCCCGCCGCUAGAAAGUGAGGAUCCAAUUUCCUUCUCCCGGCGAGUUCGAUUAAUCUUUAGUGAGCACACGGGCCUUUCAUUAUCAAAUCUUUCUUAUGAAAACGUCCGUAUUCAUGCGGAGCUAGAGAAGCUUGGACUGCCAUUUGACUCGAUGGACGUGAAUUUGGGCAAAUUGAUGAAAUGCUUAGACUACAAGAUCGAAGAUGUUCAUGUCCGACUUCAAGAAUUCGCCAAACUUCGUGGUCCAGAAAAGAAUGUCAUAACCUCAAGCUCAUUGGACAAAGCAGUCAAUGGAAAAUGCGAUCAUAGUAUCACAUACUUGAAAAGGAAAUGCCUCAAGACUUUCAUGAUAAAAAAGUCUACGAAAAUUCUGAGACUCGCCAAAGAUUUUACAACCUCCUUGAACGACACAAUGGUCAAGUCGAUGCUGUUUGUUAUGUCAGAAAUCAUAAGUUCUAUUUUGCAGACUUAG